GUCACCAACAUCCUACUGAUGAUGGAGAUGGGUCGGCUACAUUGUAUCAAAAUCUCAAAGAAAUAAUCAUUCAUAAAACAGGAUCAGGACCUGUUGAUGCACAGCAUAUAUACAACAUGGAUAGACACAUCGAUGAAUUCCCUCAUCCACCAACGCGGGAGAUUGAUCAUGACAACAGUGGAACACUCUUGUGGACAGAAUCUGAAAUCUCCACAUUCAUACAUGGUCUAGCAGGAUGGGAUGAUAUCCAAGAAGAAGAUGUCUCGCAUUACAUGAACAUUUUUAAGCAUUAUCCCCAGACUGAUAUCAGACUCAUGUACAAACACAUUAUGAAGGAGUUAGGGCGUCGUCCUACAGUACAAGAGUUUGGCUGCUUGUUACCAGUUCUUGAAGGUAAUGAAGUUUGUGACUCCUCCCGUAAAACACCAGGUCAACUUCUCCUUGCAAUGAAGGAAUGCAAAAGAAAAUUACAACAGCAAAAGUCUCAAAACAAUGCCUUGGAGAGAAAACUUCUGCUGAUACAGAGCCGUAAAAACGUCUUACAGAGCAACCUGUCGUCACUGCACAAUGGCCUGAAUGAUCUGCAAGCAAAGAACAGAAAACUUAUGAUGGGAUUGUUUGUUUUGUUUGGAUUUGUGUGUUUAAUGGUAUUUGGUCUAAUAAUGGCUUUGUAAAAGAAAUUCACUUGGAAUUUUAACCAGAAUA